CAUACACCUCUGGUCAGUUCGGUUCAUACUGUACCAUGGACUCCCUCAAGAGUACUUUUCAUUCGUCUCUUGGAAUAAUAUAACACAUCAGUGUUCGUUUCAUCCGUUCCGUCGAGGGUUUCAAGUACACCACACAUCCUCGCCCACUCCUCCCCCUUCGUCCCCUGUUUAUUCCCUUUGCCCUCGCCGCCAAACCCUCGCAGCUGUGUGCUCUCUCCGCGCUUCGAAUUGCUCGAAUCUGCGCUAACAUACACGCAGUGACACCUCUGUGUCGCAUGCAAGCAACGUGAGAGCGAGUAGCCGCUGCGCUAGCAUACACGCCGUGACAUCUCUGUGCCGAAUGCAAUCAACGUGAGAGCGAGGAGCCGCGGAUGAUAGGGAUGAGGAUUGGCAAGAAAAUAACGGCGCAUUGAACACCAUAUCAUAAUUGUAUCCUCGCUUGCCUAGUGUGCAUUCGAAUUGCAAGAUAGGAGCUGAUCUGAAUGAUUUUAAGGACGGAAGAGUAUUUCAACCUGGAAUAUGGUAAUACUCAACUUUAGUCGCGGAUCAGAUCUACUAUAUCUUCAAUCGUGAAAGAGUUGGUGUUCAUUUUGAUGUACUUAAUGACAACAUAUUUCAACGGUGCACAAAGAAAAUUAAACCCUCAUUAAAUUCUUGAGUUACAUUUAAUUUUCAUCACUAGACAUGUGCCAUGGAAGGUCGUAAACUUAAAUGUAUAAUGUCGCUUGUGUAGGUAAGUCAUGUUAUUCAUAUAUUGAUUCAUAUAUUUGUGAUUUGACAUAGUAGAAGCGUUAUUGUUUCUUUCUUUUUAUUAGAAAUUUAAUUCACUUCAAGCUUAUAGCCAUUUACCUCAUUUGUUGUAGAGAGUGAACUUUUUACACAUUGAUUACUUUAGUUGUGUCAUUAGUAUAAUGAGUGAUUAAAGAAACACAAAGGAUUGAAGAAUUAAGAAGAGAUGACAAUUUUAAUAGAGUAGUUUCAUGAUAUAACACAGUUGUAAAAUAAUAAACAAAUAGUCUUGUAAGAUAAUUGAAAGAUGGGUGGUGCAAUGAGAAAAAAUUUUAGUUUAAUGUUUAUCAAAUAUAUGAAUCAAUUUUCUUUGUAUAAAACAUGUUGAAGGAUUGUCGAAUAAAUUAGUUUUGUUAAUGUUUGUAUUGUCUUUGUGAGAAAGUUUUAUGGCAAUCAAAUAACAUUUCAAGAAUCUAUGGUUAUUUGAGUAAACAAAGGAGUAUGGUUAAUAAUCAAAUGCUAGGUAUUUUUUAAGGUAUAAGUAUCAAUCACAAUGAUUUUAUAUAGAUGAUGAGACAUUUGAAAUGAGUGUUUAUUUAUUAUUUUAUUUGUAUGUGUAAAUAGUUAUUGUAUAUAAAAUAAUGAGAGAUAAAAAGUUAUUUAUAAAAUAAUGAGAAAUUUAUUUUGUUCAUAUGUAGUAUAUCAAUAAUAAUUUUGUUAUGUUGAAGACUUUUUUUGGUGACCAAAAGUUAUUGAAAUGUUGCAUAAUGCAUAGGAAGGUUUUAUUUAUGUAAUUGCAAGCACAUUAUACAUAUUUUUAUAUAUUUACCAUGGCUUAUCUAGUGGAGUUUCUUACAAAGUAUGUUUCAAUAUUAAGAGGUUUUUAUUUGCUUGUUGUACAUUUGGAUUUGCAAUUGCUAUGAAAUCUUGUAACAAGUUUGUGGAGGUUAGUGGAGUUGUUUUCAAAACAAGAGAAGUUUAUAUAGGAGAUGUGCUUACUCAAUCCUAUAAUUACAAUCAAGAAAUUGAAGUGUUAAAGACUAAAGUCUUUUUGAAUAGAAAUCAAUGUGCAAAUAUUUGCAAAUCACUUGGUCAUGUUAUCAAAGUAUUUGAAGGCUUGAGAGCUUGUAGCAAUGAAAGAAGCAAAUAUAAAGUUUUAUUUUGUGAAUUUCAAUACACAACAUUAAGGAUGUACAUGGUCAUAAAAGAUUGUGCACAAUAACGAUGGUGUGAAGCAAGUAUCUCUCAAAUGGAGAACAAGGAAAUGUUUAGAGAAUUAUUGUGGGACUUGAAGACUUGUUAUGAUGUGGAAAUUGAUCUACUUUCAAAGGAGUGUCCAAAAAUCUUAGAGGACAUAAUACCAAUAUUGUUUGAUUUUUCUACUUGUGAAGAAGUUAAACAUGAUGGUGAAGAAUUUCACAAAAGAUUGAAUUGUGCAAGUAUAGAUGCGCAAUUUAAAGAUCAUGGAUUGGUAAAAUAUCUACUAGUAAGAUUGAAGGACUUGUGGCUCAUUGAAGGUGGAGAGUUGGAUUCUUUGGAAGUAUUAAGUGAUAUUAAAAGUUUAGAGCUUGUGAAAAAAAUAAAUGAAGGUUCUUAUGGAGAACUCUAUGAAUCAAAGUGGUUUGGACUUUCAACUGCAACAAAAAUUAUGGAUGUUGAGUUUAAUGCAAUGUUCAAGAAAGAAGUGGGUAUCUUAGCUAACACAAGCCAUCCAAACUUAAUCAAAUAUUAUCAUGCAGCAAAAAGUAGUGCAAAUGAGAAUGGGGAGCCUUCAACAAUGAAUAACUCAAGGAGAAAAGUAUAUUUGGUGAUGGAGUUGAUGGAAAGAAGUUUAAGUGAUAUAUUGUAGGAAAAAAGAUAAAUGUUGUAUUACUUUCUUAUUGAUGUUAUUUAUCAAAUUGCAAGAGGAAUGUGUUAUUUGCAUGACAUGCAAAUUACACAUCGAGGCUUAAAGCCAAAUAAUGUGCUACUCAAAAUUAUAGAUGAUGGUAGAUUCAAUAAUGAUUUUCAAUAUGCUAUCGUAAAGUUGAUUGAUUUUGGUUGUUCAAAGAUCAAUGUAGGAAGGAAUCCUAAAGUUAACAAAAAUAAAUACAUGUAUGGAACUUCAAGAUACACAGCUCCAGAGAUAUUAAAAAGUAUAAUGGAAUCAAUUAAGACAUGUGCUUUUGAAGUAGAUUUGUAUUCUUUUGCAAUGACAUGUUCUAAGAUUCUUUCAAGAAAUGAUCCAUUUAAAGGUGUGAUCAAAAUAGAAGAUAUAUUGAAAAGAAUUGAAAAAGGUGGAAGACCAAAGUUACCUUCAAAUUGUGAUGAUUUUAGUAAAUUGAUCCAAGGAUGAUGAUUUUUCAUUAAUUUGCAAAGUUUUGAACCAAUUAAAUUUUCAACCAAAACCAAUGAACUUAGAGGAAGCACAAGAUAUGAUAAAAGAAUUAUUGAUGAUUAAAAAGUUCAUCUUAGUCUUAGAUGAUGUGAAGAAUGAGAGUCAUAUUAAUGAUGUACCUACAAAUAUUCUACAUUCUAACAAAAGUAGCAUAUUAAUUGUGACAACACGAAAUUGGAAGGUGGUAAAAGACCACCCUACAAAAUUUUACAAAUUUGAUGUUAAAAAACUUGACAAAGAUGCAAGUUUGAAGUUGUUUACAACUUAUUCUUAUAAGAAUGAUGAUAAAUUACCUAGAGAACUUAUUGAGAUUGGCAAACAAAUUGUAAGAUCUUGUAAUGGACCACCCUUGAGUUUGAAAGUAAUGGGCUCAUUUUUAAGAGGACAAAAGAGGUUGAGAUGUUGGGAAAGAGCUUUGCAAAAGUUAAGGAGAGGAAGAGAUUUGGAUGGAGAUGAAGAAGAUAGUAAUCACAAGAUAUGGCUUAUUUUAAAGAUAAGUUUUGAUGCCUUGAAAGUUGAAGAAAAGAAUAUGUUUUUGGACAUAUGUUAUUUUCUUUGUAACAAUGUGGAUUGCUUAACAAGCUUGCCAAAAGAAUUAGCAAAUCUUUCUUCUUUGACAAAACUUAAUUUGACAGGAUGCUCAAGCUUAACAAACAUGCCACAUGAAUUGGCAAAUCUUUCUUCUUUGACAAUACUUGAUUUGAGUGAAUGCUUAAGAUUGACAAGCUUGCGGUUAUUGUACUUCAUAGCUUAG